AUGAGCAAAUCAGCACUAAGUAAAACAUGUGGUGGUGUUAUUUGUUUUCAAAUUCGAGAUAUUGAGUAUCAUCAGUUUAAUGUACAAGAGCUAAAUGAAACAGCAGAAGAAUCUAGUAAUCCUCUCGAAUGGAGUAACUUUGUGAAAUUAUGUCGUCGUCGAUUUGCAGAAUAUCCACAUAUGUUUCGACGAGAUGCUUUUUGCGGUUCUGUUUGUAAGAAUGCUGAAAAAGUUUAUCGAACAGAAAAUGAACGACCACAAGUAAAAAUGCUUGAAAAUAGAAAACCCAAACAGAUAUAUAUCAAAAGUACAACUAUGGCAUCAAAACUUGAAGGUUCAAUCUUUGGUGUUUAUGUUAUUGGUAUAUCAUAA